AUGAAGUACACAAUCUGCUACUCUCUAUGCUCCACCCCCGCAUGGGUGUCAGUCCUCCCAGUAGCGAUCUUAUACGAAUAUCGAAUUACUGGCAUUUCUCCCAAUGAAAAGCGCGCUACGAAGAGACGCUAUAUCGAGACAGCUAUCCAGAACACAUCAUUCCUAAGGGACAACCGCAAAAGCUUUGCAACUGACUACUUCGACACCAUCAUAUCCUGGGUCGAUCUCCACAGUCUUGGAGCUGGCCCGAAGGUUGGUGCGUAUGACGAGAGUAUCACGGACUCGGCAGAUGAACGGCGUCUGAUUGAUGUGGUUGAUCGCGAUGUCACGUCUCACCUGAACCUUCGACUGAGCGCGCCUAUGGAUCUCGCAGCAUUUCGGAGCUGCGUAGGAAGCAGCCAUGACAAUCCCGCCGCGUACAAUCCUGAGCGUACCAGGGCCAAUCUGUAA